AUGUUGCUUUUCUUGUCUCUCGUUUCACUUCUUCUUCACCAGGCCUUUGCCGCCUACAUCCCCGAAUUGGUUCCGGUUGGCAAUGGCCUUCUGCCGAGGCAAGCGUCUUCGACGACUGGCAGUCCAGCAACGACAUCCCUGACCCCAGAUGCCCAGUGCACCAACGGACCCUUUACGCGCCAAUGCUGGGGCAAUGGCUUCAGCAUCGCCACCAACUACGAUAGCACCUGGCCCAACACUGGCAAAGUGGUGGAGUACACCCUUGAAGUGCAAAAUACCACCAUGGCGCCGGACGGGUUCUCCAGACCAGUCUACGCCAUCAACGGCCAAUUCCCAGGACCCACAAUCGUGGCCAACUGGGGAGACACGCUGAAGAUCACGGUCAAGAACAGCCUGACCACCAACGGGACGAGCAUGCAUUGGCACGGCCUGCGUCAGUGGAAGACGAACCACAUGGACGGCACCAACGGUGUGACCGAAUGUCCCCUCGCCCCCGGCCAGUCGCGCACGUACACUUUCCUGUGCACGCAGUUUGGUACGACGUGGUACCACAGCCACUUCUCGGACCAAUACACGGACGGCGUCGUGGGCACCAUGAUCAUCAACGGGCCCGCCACGUCCAACUACGAUGUAGAUCUGGGUGCCUAUCCGAUCACCGACUGGUACUACCAAAGCGCAUUCCAGCUGGGGCCCUUGAUCCAGAAUGGCGGGUUCCCGCGUGGACCGCCCCCGGGCAACAACAUCCUCAUCAACGGCACCAACGUCAACGUCAACGGCACGUCGGGGCAGUACAGCCGGACGACGCUGACCAAGGGCAAGAAAUACCGUCUGCGCCUGAUUAACACAUCGACCAACGAUAACUUCAAGGUCGGCCUCGACGGGCACAACUUCACCGUCAUCACGGCAGACUUCGUCCCGGUCCAACCGUUCACGACGCAGUGGCUGUACAUGGGCAUCGGCCAACGCUACGACGUGAUCAUCAACGCCAACCAACCGGUCGACAACUACUGGUUCCACGUAGUGCCCCAGACCGGCUGCAGUAGCAACCUCAACACCAACGCCCUGGCUGUCUUCUCGUACGUGGGCGCCAACUCGACCGGUCUACCCUCCAGUGCCACUCGGUCUAAUGCGCCCGCGGGCGCGGACUGUAGCGACCCGAACAGCCAGCUGAUCCCGUACGUGAAGCUCAACGUGCCCAGUAACUACACGAUCCCGCAGUCGUCGCAUCUAGACGUCGGGUUCGCGAUCGUGCAGAACCAGGCCCAGCAAACGCUAUUCCAGUGGAACCUCAACUUCACGGCCAUCCAGGUGCCGUGGAACGACCCGACCCUACAGUACGUGCUCUCGGACAACAACAGCUACCCGGCCAGCAUGAACCUGAUCGCCCUGCCGGACGCCAAUGCCUGGUCGUACUGGGUCAUCCAGGCGGUGCCGACCAUCGCGCCGCCCAUCCCGCACCCGAUCCACCUACACGGCCACGACUUCUACGUCCUGGGCGCCGGCCAGGGUAUCUUCAACAACUCGCAGACCCUCAACUACCAGAAUCCGCCGCGCCGCGACGUCGCCAUGCUCCCGGCCUCGGGCUAUCUGGUCAUCGCCUUCAUCACCGACAACCCGGGCGCCUGGCUGAUGCACUGCCACAUCGCCUGGCACGUCGGCUUGGGCCUGGGCGCUCAGUUCUUGGAGGAGCCGGACCAGAUCAAGAAUUUGGGCAUCGGGCAGGACUGGCACGACGAGUGUAGCCAGUGGAACACGUACAGCCAAACCGCUCUGUUCCAGGAGGAGGAUUCGGGAUUGUAA